AUGGACAAGAUCGAUGCUGGCGGAACCGACGACCACAACGCCGCCCGGUCCUCCUCCUGUCCCCCCGCGGUCGGCAGCAACAUGGCCGGAAACGACAUGCUCGGCGACAAUUUCGCCGCAUACAAAUCUCCCGAGAGUUACAUUCCCAGCUACAACGCCUUCGAGAGCUUCCUUCAUGGCAAUUUCGUCGCUGUCGACAACCCUCGCGAGCAUGACGCUUGUGGUCACGAAGCUCCUCACCACCAAGCACGUGGCGACCAGGCACGUGGCGACUACAUUCUGAACGACCACAAGGUUGGCCAGGGUACACCUGAGCUUUACAUAGGAGUUGGCGAUGUGCAUGGCCAGGGCAAACCUGACACUUACAUGCAAGUUGACGGCGCGGGCGACGAACGCACACCUGGCAAUUCUCUUCUCAAUCCAAUUACGAUCCAUGACAUCAUUUCCCUGUACAACCGGCCUCUGAAAUUUGAGGAGUCUGAGGAAGUGGCCCUUGCGAUGAACGCUGGCCCAAACGACACAGCCCCGACUCAGAUGCACAAGUUCAUGCGGCUCCCCACAGAAAUCCGUCUGAUGAUUUGGGAGAUGGCAAUGGAAGAUGCGAAGGAACCCGACCUCCCCGUCUUCAAACGUUGCGUUCAGCGAUUCCGAUUCAACCUCGCCUACGACGCCCGAAGGGUCAAGCCCGGCCAAGACAAGUCGCGAGGAUGGGUUGCUUGUUUCACGCCCCUGCGGGUCAACGCGAACCAGUCCUUGAAAUUCCUAAGGGCCUCCGUCGACAGCCGUGCCCUCCUGCUUCGCAAAAUGUCAGUCCUGACGGUUCACGAGCUGCCAAUUGGCGCCGAUGGCCAGUACAUGGCUCCACGCAAGUGCCACAUGCCGUUCAACUUCGCCAAGGAUGACUUCUGCCUGGAGGGCAUCACCCAUGGGUUCGAGGAGGCCGAAAGGAACAAGGCGGACAAGGAUGCCGUCUGGGACCCCGAGAAGCUGCCCCUGGCUGACCUUCUGGACAACGCCCUCGGUCUUCGAUUUGCACCGCGCAUCAAGCGCCUAUCCGUUGUCCCCCAAUCCGUGGAUGUGGACCACGGCUUUGAUCUUCGCCCUUUCAUCGAGUCAGUCAACGGACGCAACAUGGCGGUGCUGGCUAAGCGAUUCCCAGCUCUGGUGACCGUCAAAUCCGUCAUCCCACAAAAGCACAGGCCAUGUGCGAGCAAACUUGCGAUUUCUCCUUACCCUUGCUACUUUCUGUGCAAGGCCGCUAGCCUCAGAGGCAAGAAUCAGGGUGGCCCGUCCGGAAUGUCGAAGGAGGAUCGGGAGGCUCUAUUCGACCCCCAAAAUCCGCACCUCAAGCUGAGCAGGGAGCAUUGGCAGAACGAGCGCUGGCUGGUAAUCUCCACCGAAGUUGCUCUAAUGAUCUCGCCCUGA